AUGACCAUAGUUCUCAACCCCGUCUGGAUCAACGGUGUGCAAAAGCUGAAGGUGGUGCCUCAGCCGCCACCUCGACCGGCCCGUGGCUUGCUUCCGCCCGCUAUGGACGAGGCGACACAUACAGUCCGGUGUCUCCGGCAGUUGCGGUCAAAAGAUAAAAACAUCGAAAAGUACAUUUAUCUCACCCAGCUGAAGGAUGCGGACCACCGCACCUUCUAUAAGCUAUGUCUGGAUAAUAUGUCUGAAAUCACGCCCAUCAUCUACACACCAACGGUCGGCGAUGCUUGCCUGCAGUUCUCACAUAUCUUCAGGAGACCGGAAGGCCUGUACAUUUCAAUCAAAGACAAAGGCCAAAUUGGCAAGAUUUUGCGGAAUUGGCCUCGCAUAGACGAGGGGCGAAUCGCAGUCGUUACAGAUGGUUCGCGAAUCCUGGGUCUUGGUGAUUUGGGGCUGAACGGCAUGCCGAUCUCAAUUGGCAAGCUCUCUCUAUAUGUCGCAGGAGCAGGUAUUCGCCCUUCCUCGACAAUACCCAUCUGCCUCGACCUCGGCACGAAUAAUGAGCAAUUCCUCGCUGACCCUCUCUACCUCGGUCUCCGGCAAACCCGCGUACCGCGAGAAGAGAUGACCGAAUUCAUGGAAGAGUUCAUGCACGAAAUGUCGACCAUCUUCCCGAACCUGCUCGUGCAGUUCGAGGACUUCUCUACGGACGCUGCGUUCACGUACCUCGAUCGCUUCCGGCAGCGCUACCCGCUGUUCAACGACGACAUCCAGGGCACGGGCGCGGUCGUACUCUCUGGGUUCCUCAAUGCUGCGAGGCUUGCGAGCCAGGCAGCGGGGAAGGAGCUGGAGGAUCAGAGGAUUCUGUUCUUGGGCGCGGGAUCGGCGGGUGUAGGGGUGGCGACGCAGCUGACGAGUUUCUUCAAGAUGCAGGGGAUGUCAGAGGAGGAGGCGCGGAAGCGGAUAUGGCUCGUUGAUUCGCAGGGGUUGAUUUAUGACGAGCGAGGACCGAUGGCGGAGCACAAGAAGCAGUUCUCGCGCCAAGACUAUAGCGGACCGCCGAUGAAGAACCUCACCGAGAUCAUCGAGUACGUCAAGCCCACCGCCCUUCUAGGUCUGUCGACGAUCAAGGGCGCCUUCAACCAAUCUGUCAUCGAGACGAUGUCCCGGCUGAACGCCCGUCCCAUCAUCUUCUCUCUAUCGAACCCCGUACAGCUAUCCGAGUGCGAGUUCCACGAAGCCGUGCAAUGGUCCGCGGGCCGCGUCAUCUUCGCGUCUGGCUCGCCGUUCCCAGAGCAGACCCACGACGGCCGCACGCUGUACCCCGGGCAAGGGAACAACAUGUACGUGUUCCCCGGCCUGGGGCUCGGCGCGAUCCUGUCGCGCGCGUCGGCAGUGACGGACAGCAUGGUCGAGGCGUCCUCGCUUGGGCUCGCGGACGCACUGACGCCGGAGGAGCGCGCGCAAGACCUCAUCUACCCACGCAUCGAGCGCAUUCGCGAGAUCAGCGCGCAGAUCGCGUGCAAAGUCAUCCGGGCUGCACAGCGUGCGGGCGUUGACCGUACGGUCGAGCUGAGAGAGCUGUGGGACGACCAGCUCUUGGACUGGGUGAAGGCCAAAAUGUGGAUGCCGUGA